GGUCCUGGGCUCUGUGGCCGCGGCCGCGGCUGCGGCUCAGCAGCGGUGGGGGCGGGCGCGGGGCUGCAGGCCUUCUGGCCUCCUGGGAAUGCCGGGCACCCCCCUCGGGCCCCCAGCGGCGCGCCUUCCGGGAGAGGGACAGCUGGAGCCGCAGGGUCGCGCCCGCCCCGAGCCUGCGGACUCUGGCGGCCCCCGGGAGCGGGCGCGGGGCCGGCACUUGUGGCCGGGACGACUGGCCCUUCCUCGCGCACGUGACGCAGCGCCCACCGGGAGCCCCCAGCGACCCCGAUGCCUUAGGGCCGCCCCGACGCCUUAAGGCCGCCCCCGACGCGUUAGGACCACCCCGGACGCCUUGGGGCCACCCCCGACGCCUUAGGGCCAUCUCUAUGCCUUAGGGCCACCCCAACGCCUUGGGACCACCUCGCGAGCCUUCGCGGACCAUCCCGGACGCCUUCGGGCCACCCAACACCUUAGGACUACCCUGGACGCCUUUGGGCCACCCCCUACGCCUUAGGACCAUCCCGACGCCUUAGGACCAUCCUGAUGCCUUAGGACCAUCCCGAAGCCUUAGGGCCACCCUGACUCCUUAGGGCCAUCCCCGUCCCUGGGCCCGGCGGCCCGCUUAGGUGGCAGGGUCUCGUGGCGCUGGCCGGGCGGGGGUCUGACGGUGCCUUUGCAGGAAGCCCGCACCAUGGAUCCGGAGUGCUCCCGGCUGCUCCCGGCCCUCUGCGCCCUGCUGGCGGAUCCUCGGCAGCCCGUGGCCGACGACACCUGUCUGGAAAAGCUGCUGGACUGGUUUAAGGCCGUAACAGAGAAGGCAGGGUCCAGUGUCCUGUUGCUGCAGGACCAUCCCUGCCUGCUGGACCUGUUGCUGCAUGUGACGCACGACCCAGGCCUCAGCGACAGGGUCAUGUCCUUCGCGCUGCGCCUCGCGGGGCUCCUGGCUGCCGAAGAGAGCAGCUUCCAGUGUCUGCAGCAGGGGGACCUCCUGCUCCAGCUCUUUGGGGAGGGGGGUGCCCCCUCUCAGGCCGGCUGGGCUGCCCCCAGCGUGCGCAGUGGCUGGGUCCAGGGACUGCGCUCCCUCGCACGGCACCCCUGCGCCCUGGACUUCCUGGACGUCCUUGGUGCUGUUGAUACUGUCUUCUCCCUGCAGGGAGACCCCAGCCUGUUUGUGGCCUCGGCCGCUGACCAGCUCCUCGCCCAGCUCCUGGCGCUGUCUCUGCAGGGCUCACAGUCCGCUGCGUGGCCGCCCCGUGCCCUGCGGAUCGUGACCCACCUGGAGGAGUCCCUGCGCUCCUCAGCCACCCAGCAGGUCACACAGGCCUUGCACGUGCUGACCACCGUGUUUGGCCACAGCCACGAGCCCUGGAUACAGGCCCUGUGGGCACAGCUGAGUCCCCUCGUCACCAGUCUGCUUGAGGAGGACCCCAUCCCAGCCGCUCAUGCACUCGUGGACCUGCUCCUCAGCGUGGCCCGCUCCCUCGACUGCGGUUCCGAUGUUGGCCUGUGGGAGGUGAUGGCGCAGACUCUGAACUGCCUGAGCCCCACACACGCAGGGCCUCUGGCCUUGGGGGUCUUGAAACUGCAGGAAUGCCCACAGGCUCUGAGGGUGCAGGCCUUCAGCAUCCUCCUCCGACCCCUGGCCUGUGUUCUGGAAGCUGCAGUGGACAGCACUGGACUCGAGGGCUUGCCGGCGGGGACGGCAGGGGACUCGGCGACAGUGGCCACUCUCCUGUCCUCCAAGGCGGCCUGUGCAGGGCUGCUGUGCCGGACGCUGGCCCAUGUGGAGUUGCUGCAGCCCCUGCUCCAGCGCCCUGAGCCCUGGCCACAGGCCCCUCUGCUGGCCGCCACCCUGACGGUUCUGCGCCUCUGUGAUGGUUCGGCUGAGCCCCUGUCUGACGUGAAAGGCCGGCUCGGUGCCCUGCUGGUGGGCUGCGUGCGGGUGCAGCGGGUGGCCCUGGACUUCCUGGCCACACUGGCUCCGGGCACAGGCCCCCCGGAGCUGGUGGCACGGGUGUUCGCCGUGCUCCUGGAGUACCUGCAGAGCCCGGACUGCAGCCCCACGGUUCUGAAGAAGACCUUCCAGGCUGCGCUGGGCUGGCUGGUGGGCGCCCCCGAGACGGCCAGCUGCCAUGACCUGGACCCUUCCGCUCAGCUCUUCCUUGGAGGGCUGCUCCGGGCGCUGCAGAAACGCCUGCUCAGCCCGAGCUGGGAGGUGCGAGACUCUGGCCUGGAGUUUCUGAGCCAGGCCGCCCGGCGCCUGGGAGGACAGGCCAGCUUCACACAGGCGCUCCUGACCUCAGAGACCCCUGCGCUCGCCCACCAGCUCCUGCAAGACCCCGAGAGCUAUGUCCGAGCCAGUGCAGUGACAGCCCUGGGGCAGCUGUCCAGCUGGGGGCUCCAUGGCGCCCCGGGGGGCCAGCAGGGCCUGCUGGAGGAGCUACUGCACAUUCUCGCUACUGACUCUGACAGCUUCCCGCGCCGGGCGGCCAUGCAGGUGCUCACGCAGUGGGCGCGGGACAGCCGUGCCUCCGGGGCUGCCCACCCUGAGCCCCUGGUGGCCAGAGCGCUGCAGGCGGCUGGCCGGGAUGUGGACUGGGAGGUGCGGGCGCAGGGCCUGGAGCUGGCACAGGUGCUCGUGGCUCAGACCUUGGGCGUGCCCAGCCCUCCUCCCUGCCCCUAUGCCCCGGCCCUGCCAGUGGCCGCCCCGCGGCCGCCCCCCGCCCAGGAGGCCCUGGAGGCCCUCUGCCGCAUGCAUAUCUUCCACUUCGCCUUUCGUGCCUUGUUGGACUGCGACCGGCCUGUCGCCCGCAAGUCCUGCGCCCUCCUCCUCUUCCUGAAGGCCCGCACCGCCCCCCUGGCCCCGGAGGCUGCAGACGGCCCUGAGCCCACUGCCCUGGAGGCCACUCUGCAGGGAUGGCAGGCGGGUGAGCAGGACCUGCUGCAGGGGGACCUGGAGCCCAAGGCGGCACUGGCUGCGCUGUGGGCGCUGGACCUGGACGGGCUGCAGGACACGCUGGCCGCAAGCAGCGACCACACGGAGAGGAGCGCUCGGUCCCUGCUGCAGGACAUGCUGGCCUCCGCAGGCACGUGGGGGGAGAAUGAGGCUGACUGCUACUGACUGCCCCCCCCACCCCUCUCCCGUUUCCCUCAAAUGUACACGGAGCUUUGACGUGC